CUCCAUUGUAUUCAACCAGCUUGGGAAAGUUUUGCGGAACGCAGACGCCAAUUUAUGUUAGUACUAAUAGCACAAUGACGCUGGUGUUUGUGUCAGAUUCAAGUAAAACAGCACCUGGGUUCCAGGCCAGAUAUUACUCUGGAUUAAGAGAUGAUCUUUUAGAAAAUAUCGACACUGGAGGUAAAUCGAUUGACCUCGCAAUUGUUUUAGGUUCUACUCUUGGAUGUUUGGCAUUUUUAGUAUUGCUCUCAGCAAUAUUUGUCCUGGCAUACAAAUAUAAGCAAGCAAAAACAAAAUCUCAAGUACGACAGCGUCCACGACUUCCUCGACCUAUAUCGUCAAUUCAGGUGCGGCCUUACAAUGAUGAUGACCGUUGCUUUAUCAAUCGUCAAAUGCCCCCAGCUUACGAAGCAAUACAAGGUUCUUCCAGCAGCGAACCACAUGGAUACACCUCCGGCAAUAACUAUGGACGUUCUACUCAAAACGAUUCCUACCCUACCAAAAAUACUGACGAGAAGAUUCCCGUGAAGAAAGUAGCAUUUGGAAACAGUAAUGAUAUGACUUCUAAUGCCAUCACUGGGAAUACUUCAGGUGUCCCCGGAAUGCCAGGAAGUAAAGGAAACGCUGUAACGGGUGACAUCCCCGCAGGAACAUCCAGUAUGUUACAAAUAUCCAAUCAUAAGGCCUUAGACAUAGGUAAUCGUGUUGGUGGCAAACGUUCCCUGGAUGCUGGCCCAAUACCAGAGAAGAAGAAAAUACAAUAACUAAUAUAUGAGCCGCGCCAUGACAAAACCAACAUAGUGCGUUUGCGACCAGCAUUGAUCCAGACCAGCCUGUGCGUCCGCGCAGGCUGAUCAGGAUCGAUGCUGUUCGCUUACAAAUCCUACAACAAGUAGAGAAACUGAUAGCGAACAUCAUGGAUCCUGACCAGACUGCGCGGAUGCUUAGGCUGGUCUGGAUCCAUGCUGGUCGCAAACGCAUUACGUUGGGUUUCGUCAUGGUGCGGCUCAUUUGUCAGCACUGUUUCUUCUAUCAUAGAAACAGCCAGCGCGUUUAGUGCUCAUUAUUAUAUUUGUGAAAGCAUUUUGUUACAGUUAAAGUUUUUGCAAUUAAACAACGAAUAAUUAUCAUCAAGAACACUGACCAGAAAUUCCUAAUCUACAUGGUUGUUAUCAAUAAAGGAAGGGAUUUAUACUGCAAUCGCAACAGAAACUGGCAGAUAUUAGCCUCAAAAAUACAUUUUACUUUGAUUUAGAUAUCAUACUAGGGAGUUAUUAUUAGGACAAUGAACCUACAGAUAAUCCUAGUCUUAAGAAAAAGUAAAUUCUUUCAUUUUCGUCGCAUAUAUGCACAGUGGCUAAAACUAUUUUAACAGGUUGUAGUUACAAUCAUUUUUGUUUAUCUUAAAUAGUUUUGUUAUUCAAUGCUGGGGUUAAAUAAGUGCUAAAAGUGUUAUGAAUAUGACACAUUUGUAUGCAUUAUGUUAA